AAUGAUUGUAUUAACAUUAUUUUUUAAUUGAUUAGGAAAGAUAUGAUGAAAUGAUUCUAAUGUUUGAAUUAAUUAAUAUAUUGGUGGGGGGUGGGGAGGUAAGGAGAGUUGUUACAAUUAACAAUAUAAAUAAGGAGUUUAAUAAGUAAAAGAAGGAUAAGGAUAAUUGAUGUAGGAUGAGAGAAGCGUGCGAAAUAAUAUAU